AUUCAGAGAAACACUGAGAAAGUGACAUUUAUUUAUUUCUCGCGCUGCAUAUUAAAGGGGAACUAUAUAGGAAAUUGAAGUUGCUAAACACGAUGAGGCGCAAUUAUGGUCAUGCAAUUUGUAAACAAUCGCGUUGAUGAGCUGCACUUUACUCAUGCUUUAUGAAAUAGUGCUCCAUUGUUAAGCUUGAUAUUGAGAUAGAAAUAGAAAAGUUGAGACAUGGGAUCCAAGUUGACCAGGCAGAGUAGUUUGGACAGCCAAGCGACUUUCUUUCGGAGAAGAGGACGCCACCAUCACGAGAGCUCCGGGGAUGCGGCGGAGAGGAGUGGGAGAAGAGGAAGAAGAGGAGAGUUUCUGUUCAGUUCUCUGAUGCUCAAAUCGGACAAGCUGCCCGGGAUGUUGCGCAAAUCCAGUCCAUGCCCAUAUGUCCGGAGAGUGGCUUGGGUUCGGGAGAUUCAAACCCUGCUAAAGGAACAGAGGAUGGAACAAGCCAUCGACGUGUUAAAACUGCUUAGAAAGGACUUGGGUCUUGAGGGCACAUCUCUUAAUGACAUUCUCUACAAGAAUGCUGCCUUCCUCAACCUAGUGGAUCCAAUCUCCCACGAGCUUCUGCUCAAUUUGGCUCGAGACAUGCAGUGCCCAAAGCGGGAGUCUGAUGCUCUCAAGUCCUCUGAGAAGAUCUGCAGGCAGCUGAUCUAUCACCUGACCCCUCACUCCAAGUGGAGCAGACAGAAUGUGCCCAGGAGGAAGUCCCAAGCCUGUCUUAAAACUACGCUGAAAAGGAAAUUAGCUAAUGGUAUCGUGGAUUUGUCUGGUAUUCCCCUCUCUGGACGUGACUUGCAUCGUGUGGCAUACUACUUUCAAAACAACGGUUCAUAUGUGACAGCAGUAGACAUUAGCUUUACAGAACUCAAGGAUGAGAGCUUACGGCUUCUUUUACCAUUCUUAGGAGUGCUACCCAAACUCGCCACACUUGCCAUCAAUGGAAACCGACUGACUGUAGCCAUCCUUAAAGACCUAAUAGAGGUGGUUAAGGACCCCAAGAAGUUUCCUAAUUUAGCUUGGGUGGACCUGGGCAAUAAUAUGGACAUCUUCACAGUUCCCCAGCCAUUGCUGGUUGCCCUUCGCAGACGCUUUGGAAUGAGAAGCAGCUUGCCCACCAUCUAUGAAUACAAUGAAGGCCAGGGCAGCAGCUACUGCCUAGAGACAUCUGCUGAAGAAAUCAGUGUAUUUGAGGAGGAGGAAGAAGAGGAGCAUAGGGAUGAUGAUCUGGAUGAUCAUCUGGUGCUGGAGCCCUGGAACAUAGAAGAGAAAAGAAGUAACAUUACACUUCAUUUAUGUGAGAGGUGAUGGUCCUCUUGCUCCUCUUAUACUAUGAGUCAAGUUCCAGUGUAUAAAAAUUUUCAAUGCAUGAAGUGCCCCAUUCACCACAAACCCUAACUGGGCUACUGGAAGUGACGUGAGGCAAAAUGGCCAUGUAAGGAUGUAGGUGGGAUAUUAGAAGAACAGAAUGGAACGUUAGAGAGGGUAGAAGGUCAGGAAAUGUUAUACACUUUGAAAGGAGACUGAAGCUUUUCUGGUCAGACCUAGUCACCCAAACACACAGUCUACAUGACUUUCUUUGUUUUUAGCAGCAACGGUCAAUCCUUUGUUUGCCUCCAACAUUAAAAGUUUACUUCACCCAAAUAUGAAAGAGCUACUGGAGUGCCUACAGGCUACAAGAGAUACAUACUGUGUGUGGGGUGGGGUCAGAGCUCAUUAGAGAGGACCAGACACAUAGUCAAAAACUCCUAUGCCACAAAACCAACAUGAUUAUAUUUAUUUUGAAUCUCAUCCAGUUUGCAAUGAGAGGUGAUACUCUUAAUUCUAAACACCUGGAACUAUUUACUAUUGUUCAGCACAAGAACCAUGUUUGUACGGUCAGUUAGAGAGUCAAAUUUAUUUGAUAAAAAUAUGUUGAUUCAUGUCAAUAUUUUGUAUUUUUAAAAAGCGUUUGAUGUAACAGAGUUAAGCUAUUAAUUUAUUAGUUCUUGUUGCUGUUUGUGCGAAUGCAUGACUGUCCUACAGUAACCUUUUAAGGUUGUUUUGUGUUUUGUUUUUGAUGACAUUUGCUCCACAGGUGGUACCCUACGAUGUUUCCUUUACAGACGCAUGUCUGAUUUGCACUUUACAUGGUAGGCUUUCUCUGUUGGCUGGUCAUCUCUAGUCUUUGACCCUUCAUGGUCUGUUUAUGAAUUCAACAUCAGAGUUUUCAUUGUAGUACAUAUAUGUAGUCAUCACUUUUAUUAUAAAUGUCAUAAAAGGUGUGACUAAUGGCUUUGAGCAUCUGUAUCUUCGUUAUCUUUUUAACAGUUUUAUAAUUGCUAUGUGAA